UCAGCUCAGUUUGGUACCGCUUCAAAGUGGGUGGGAUUGUAAACUUAUCGUCAUAGUUGCGUCGCCUCUACUGCUGUAUAGCUUCAUCGUAAACGUGACACAAACAAACGCACAACGCAGGAGUAAUGGAGCAUAGCGAUGGCGGAUGGGAGCAAAACAAAAUACUGGUAAAAAUACCAGAGAGUUUGGGAAAUCUUACAGCAAGGAGCAGACGAUGAUCAUCAUUUGGUUUGCUCGACGGCGCACAAGGGUAAUCUAAUCUUGCAUUUAGCAUUGCGUUAAGGGUCUUAAUCUCUAUAUUACAGUCACAAAGCAUAUAACGAAAUGCUAAUAUUACGUAUUAAAAUGCAUAUUCUUGUGUUGCAAAUCCAAUGACACUGGUAAUGAUUCUCUCUGCCCAAUCAGUCAUCUGUGUGUAAACAUGUCACAUUUUGGUAUCGGUACAGUACACUUGGAACCUCAACCGAGGUGGUACUAAAAAAAGUGUCAGGUACUGUACCCAGUGGAAACCCCCCCAAAAGGGAGCUGUACCGCGCCGUACCGUGCAGUACUAUGCAGUGAAAAAGUGCCAUAAGAUACUACAUUAUUCUCUUACUUGACCUAUUAUUUUCUUUGGCCUAUGACAUAGGUGUGUUAGUUUUAAUUUAACAACCCCAGUUUCUAUGGUCUCAUCAUGAUAGUGUCCUCGCUCACCCUGGUCCUGGAGAGCUACCGUCCUGCAGACUGCAGCUUCAACCCUGCUCCAACACACCUGUCUGUUAUCAAGCAACCCUGAACAUGUUGAUUAGCUGGGGUUGGAGCAUAGACUGUAUAAAAGAUGGACAGCGUGACCCUGCUUCCUUCCAUUGUAACGAAGAAAUCAUGUGAACGCACCUUUUUUUAUAACAUCAUAUAAUUAACUUAAACCAAAUUUAUUAAAAAAACGAACACUUGGACAUAAAUCAACAUGAAAAAACGGACUAAAAUACUAGAAAACAUCUUUGGAAAAAAAAAUUUUCAAGUGUAAUUGGAUUUUAUAGAGUGGCUCCUGUCCCAUAUGUUUACAUGGAGAGGGCGGGGUUUAUGACCUGUACUGCAGCCAGCCACCAGGGUAUGAUCAAAGAGCCGGUGUUGUGCCGAAUUUUGACUCCGCGCCAGAUUACGACUCCCCUCAUCGAAAUUGCUGCGGGAUUAGCUAAUCCUCACACCUAAUGUUAGUGGGGAAUGGGGUGUCAUAAUUUGGCAGAAGUCAUUUUUCAGCACCACACCGGCAACUUCACUUUUCAGGACAUGUGACAGGCACCCCUGGGUUGGAGCUAAAAUCUUCAGGGUGGUAGCUCCCCAGGAACAGGGUUGGAGACCCCUGCAGUAGACCAUCCGAAUAUUUUCUGCUCACUCUUUUUUUUUGCUAGCAUACUGAUUUAUGCCUUCUAUAUAGUGUAAAAGUACUCGAUUUUGGACACGGGGUGGCUCUUCAAAUGGAUAAAUAAACAAAUUUUCCACUGUAGUGGAAGAAAUCUUCCCAAUCCCUCACAAUGUCAGAGUAGUGUAGCUUUGGCCAGUUUUUGUGUAUCUUUGCCCAGCGAGUAUGGUGGAAUAUGUCAAUUUUGGUCUCGACAUAUGCGAUCAAAUGUAAAUCCCAUGACAAUAUGUUGAAGUUUUCAUAUGUUAUACACAAUUAAACAAAUUUUGUUAUGUCUCUUGACUACUAGUUGGUGCUGUCUUGAAACUUUACAGAUACUCUCAGAAUAUGGUCCUGACGAACCAUACCACGCGUUGUAGUGGCACGCCAUUGCGUUUGUAAAACACUGCAUUUUAUGACAAAAUAUGAAAUGAGUGGCACCCCCAAAGGCUGACUGAGGAAUAUUUGGUAUGGUUCGACUCGGUAUGACUCAAGGAAUUAAACUAGACCACACUUAUGAUUUUAGAUGAAAGAUUCAAUAAGUUUUUUAGAAAAAAUAGCAUUUUUAUAUCUUAUGACCAGUAGGUGGCGCUGUGCCGAAACUUGAUGUGUCACCUCAGGCUAGACCUUGAGGACAUAUACCAAGUUUUGUAUAGAUAAAUGAAAGUUUGGCGAAGACACAGCCUUUAAACCAUUUUGGCAUGCUCGUCGUUAAAUUCGUUGACGCGCUAUACAAGAACGGAUUGGCAGAUCAAAAAUAUUCUAAUAACUUUUUGUCAACACUGUCUCUAGAUGCUACAUACCAAAUUUGGUGCAAAUCGGAUAAACGGUGUAAGAGGAGUUCGAAAAGCACGUUUUUCGAAAAAUUCAAAAUGGUGAAAAAUUCCAUAGGCUGUAUGUAGCUCUGCGUAGCCUGACGUGCACCUCUCCAGUCCAAAAAUGUAACAAUGCGUCAACUACUGGAGGCUACAGCGUAGACAUAAUGGCAGAAGAAGAAUAUUUAGAAAACUAACGAUUUCAAUAGGGGUCUCUGCCCCUUCAGGGCUUGACCCUAAUUAAAGGGCUAAACAUCGUAGCAUGUGUGAACUAGAGUGGCAUACAUUUAGCGAGCAAGAAAAUGAAGUCAUUUUACUGCAAUUAAAUUGUGUACAGUGCAGAGAGAGUACGUGUGAUGUCUGCAAUACAACCCCUACUCCUUCCAAAACUGCCAGGAACCUCGGAGUAAUCUUCAAUGACCAGCUGUUCUUCGGUGAUCACAUUGCUUAAACAACACGGUUAUGCCAAUCAGGAAGACCUUACUGAGCAUGUAGCACAAGUCCUUGUCCAGGCCCUUCCUUGUAAUCUUUAGGCUGGACUAGUGCAACGUUCUCCUCACUGGUCUUCCUGCUAAGGCAAUCAAACCCCUUCAGCUGGUUCAGAACACAGCACCACGGCUCAUCUUCCAGGACCAGGAACCAAGAGCACAUGUGAAGCCCCUCUUCAUCUCUCUUCACUGGCUACCGGUUGAAACCCGGAUCACUAACACACACACUCUCUCAAUAGGUAUUGAUCUGGCUUUGUGAAAACUAGUAUCUUGGUAUAAGCAGCGUGUGUGGCGUGGUUCGUGACGUCCUGGAUGUAGUACUUGGCCCCGCUGACCCAGACAGUGCAUGCGCUUUGGCGUUGUUGUUAUCCUUGUGAAUGUGCGCCAUUAAAGGCUAGAUUAAAUUAAUCUCUCGUGUUAGCUAUUUAUUGAGCCUCAUCGUAUCACUGGCGCAGUUGUAUUAUUGCCUCCUAUUGACAAAUCGCUUUACUGUUUCCUUGUCUUCUCUGUAAGUCGUUUUGGAUAAAAGCGUCUUCUAAAUGUAAAUGUAAUCAUACAAUGGCGUUUUGUACAAUAAUGAAUAGGGUUAAGCCAUCUUUUAAUGAAUAAGGAUUAACUGAAGUUUUUGCCUACAGCCAGCCUCAGUACUUUAUGUCCUAAAAUACAAAUUUUGAAAUGGUUACCUUAAAAGGCCUAUAUAUUUAUUUCAAAUGUAGCAGAGGAAGUGAAUCCAUCGUCAUGGUAAUCGCAAAUCAUUCUGUAAACUGUGUCUUUUUAUAAUUCACCCCAGGGGAUGUUUGUUGACCCUUAGGAGGAACCAUUUAUUUACUUUUACCUUAUUUAGCCAUUUGAUUUGUGCUGUCACUGUGUCAUAUGACAGUGAAGUCAUAUGUAAGGGCCAUAGUCCUGGGUGACUGUGUCAGUGUAGGCACACAUUGACCAGUAAUCAUAACUCACCGGGAAAUGAGUAUAAGUUAAAAAGGUCAAUGGGAGCAGACAUGAAUCUUACUACAUCACUGCAUGGGAUUUUCCCACAUUUUCACUUCAGUAUAUGUACAGACCAUACCAUUAUUAUUAGUGACAGUUUCAUAACAGUAUAAAAUAACCUGAAAGAAGUUUGGAUUUAGGGACAUAUUACUAACAGGAGUGAUUUCAUCGGAAGACUAUUCAAAGAAAAAUGUUGUUUCGAUUAUGAUGUCUAUAGACUGUAAGCUAGGGUUAACAUUGUGUUCUUGUUUUAGGGAAUCUCACAAUUGGCUGAAAAGAAUAACCAAAGAAUGCUGAACACAAAAACACCAACAUCAAGGCUUUUCUCAUCUUAUGCAUGCAUUUGAUGUUCAUUAUUUCCUAACAAUACCACAUCGAGUCCCAGUUCACAAUUUGUUAAGUCAUGCAUGAACUAAACAAAGAACAAAAGAACUAACACGAGUCUGUAAAGUAUAGCCUAGUAUCCUACUGUCAUCUUAUUUAAAAAAAAAAAUUCUCAAGGGACAUCAAAGAUAAACAAUGUUUUUAUUCUCUUUCAAGUAUAAUUAUCACACUUUAUUCAUCUUACAUUAAUUAAAUUCAAUCAUACCACACUUUUAAAUGUUUUGAAAAGACUCGAAAUGUAGUACACAAGUUCCAUAGACUAACCAUUUAAUGAGAAAGACCCUUGUUAUUUUUUCAAAAUUAGUUAUUUUUCAAAGUUAUGUUUUAUUCUGUUGUGCAUGAUUUGACCAGUGUUUAGGUUCAUAUUUUCUUCCUUAAAUUAGUUUGUUUAAAAGGUUAUUGGAUCACAUGUUUAGCACGCCCACUUGCUCCCACUUCACAUCAGCUCUCUAGUGGACCCGCCCCCUUCACUACAAAGAACCUCAAUACACAUGAGCUGGGCAAACAGAAGCCGUUAAAUCCAACAGAGCAAGAUGAUGAGAGGAACCUUCUUGUUUUUCAAUACAGUUAAGGAAUUUUAUGACAUGCUUGGUGUCACUGGCUAUUUAAUCAUGUUGUUUUGAGCAAAAGGGUAAAGUAAAGCCUUAAUUCAAAACCACAUCACUCGGUAUUCAUCCGUGAUUUACAUUUUCCAGCGGUGAACAGCAAACAACUUUGGCGUGUAUUAAUCCGAACGUCUCCUGGGUAAGUGUUUCAUAAUAUUUGCACUUACUACAUAAUAGCGCUUUAUUUACGUUAGUUGCUGAAGGAUUUGGCGUUUUUUGUAUAUGCGCGAACAAACCCCUAAUGAUCUAUAGUCUAGGUUAAAUCUGACUUUGAUCUUUUAGUCAAAGUUUUCAGUAUAGCAUUUUGUUCACUGAAUGUAGUUUUUACAGUUUUUUAUUGGUCUGUCUGCACAGAAAUGCAAUCGCACUGACGCAGGAGCGCGUCUGAAACGUGCUGAUAACGCACCGCAACGCGACGCUGAGCCAUGUCUUGGGGCGGCUCAUUCCAGCUCAUGCAGACUCUGAGGAAAUCUCCUGCUGUUCUCCGCCGCUUCCGCCAGGAUCGAGCCCAAGCCCUUUCCCACGGUGACCCCCUUUUCAAAGUGCAUUACCUCGGCACCGAGAAGAUCUACUCCCUGGAUGUAGAACAGGCUGCCGAGGCCAUAGGCCGCUUACUGGAGAAAUCGCCAGAUGCGGCUACCUUAGACAAACUAGGCAAGGAACAUGCUCUCGUCGUCCGGCCUCGCUACGUAGAGGUCAAGGAGAUCAGCACAGGCCGGCAGCUUACUAAAACGUAUCUCAAGGACAUCGCUUAUUGUGCGGCUGACACAACCAGACCCAAUGUGUUUCUGUAUAUCUGUAAGCAGCGAGGCCAACAGCUGCAAUGCAGAGUGUUCUGGUGUAGCAGACCAGACCGGGCAAGAGAUAUGACUGCCUGCUUAGCCAGAUACUUCCAGAGGGCUUUGAAUGACUUGUUGGAGGAUGAGACCAAUCACACAAAAGAAGAAGAAAGCACGAAGGAUGGAAAGCCAUUUCCGGCUACGGGACAAAGCAAAAGCUCCACACUACCAGCAGACCCGAGGAAAGGUCAGUGGCAGAAGCGAAGUCCUUUGAGAGAGCUGAUGAGAAGAACUAGUAUCAGUGACUGAAACAAGAGUGCCUCAACCCUUGAACUUCGGUCUUUUAAAAAAAUGUUACUCUCUGGAAAUGCUUUAGGGAAACAGAAAACCAGUUUGCAUAGAAAAUGGAUGGCCAUUGACAAGCAAACACAUCUGCCUUGAGUAUAAAGGUGUAUUAGUGUGAGAACAGGGACAGAUUUACUAUGCAAGCAGUCUGAGAAUGAUUUGCAAUCGCUCUAGAUUAGUCCGUGUUACUACGGAGUGUUACCAGUUCUUGGAAUGCAAUCAGGGCUUUUCCUGCACAUUGAAUCUAUUGCAUCAAGAAAGCUCUGAAUAUUACAACAUGAGCUUUGAAAAAAGCCAUUUGCUUUAGUUGUCCAAUAGUUUAUUUCAGCGCUUGAGUCGAGUUCUCUUAAAACGUUGCAUGUCAUCAUUUUUGUAGUAUUUAAAUUGACCUGAAUGUUCUUUGUACAUUAACAGAUCUCCAAGCACUUGCAAAGUUCGCACAUAUCAAAUGACACUUAUUAUUAUUAAUACAUUAAUCACAUUACUCAUUUUUAAUGCUCCUCAAAUUUAGUCUAGCGUUAUUCUCACAGCACUGACAAAGAGAGACUACUUACAGAAAGAAUGUUUUGUUCUGUUUAAGCAAAAAUCUUGAAAACCUCUUUUUUCUUUUGUAGAGGUGAAUUUUGUAACGGCUCAUUGUGGGAAACAUUCUGAAGCAGCACUAGUUUGGUUUAAUGGUUUAAACUUAUCUUAUAACUGACAGCAAGCAGAUUUUGUAUGAAUUACACAAUCUUUUUUUUUGUAGGCUGGAAUUGUACAUUUCUACUUUCAUAUUACUGACUCUUUUCAUUUCUACUGUUACACUGGACUUUGAAGAUUCAUAUUUAUAUUUUUUGCUUUAAGGCUUAAACCUGAACUUGCAUUAACUUGUGUGCAGUGAUGCAGAUACUGGAUAUCUUGUUAACACUUAUAGGAUAACGUUUGCUAUGUG